AGCAGGCCUAUAACGCACUAGCGGUUGGCCGCCAUGCGGCGUGCCGUUGCGGUAGGCCGCACAUCGAUUAGUACAUGAAACCGCACGAUAACGACGCACUGAUUUGCGGCCAGCCGUCAACCGCUCCGGUUGUUCCGGAGCUGCGACGAGCCGCGCCGGUUGAAUGAUGCGGCGCACCGCAUCCCCACCACGCACUCGGCGCGGUAGUCGCAAACGCCGCGUCCCGCCCGCCAGUCCGUCGUCGCUUGUUUCACGCGCUAGACGCUACUCGUGCGCGUCAUGGAUUUUGAUACAGAAAAGUUCAUUUUAGAAAUAAAAGAACGCCCCGCAAUAUGGGAUAGCAAAUGCGCUGAUUAUGCAGACAGAAAUAAAAAGUUAAAAUGUUGGGAGGAAAUGAUUAAUAUAUAUGCAAAGGAAGAUGAUACAUCGGAAGAAAAGAAAGAACUCGGUAAAGUACUUAUGAAAAAAUGGCGGAAUAUUAAAGAUAGUUUUGUAAAAGCUUCGAAAAAUAUGAAAAACAUGAAAAGCGGUUCAGGUGCCAAACAUAAAAGCCCAUAUACCUAUUAUAAUAUUUUAUUAUUCUUAAAGGACUCUACUAUGGUAAAUGAGACAGAGUCAGACAUUGCCAACAAUCUUUCCCAAGACCAUGAUGGCCCAUAUGAAACAUCACAGAAUUUAGUUAGUCAGAAAAAAAAGAAAAAAAGUAAUAAUGAAGACGUUAUUGGACAACAAUUAGUAUCAGUAUUGAACAAAAACUUGGAGUAUAAAAAAGAAAUGGAAAAUGACGAAGACAAGUUGUUUUUGUUAUCCCUUUUAAGAGAGUUCAAAAAAAUUCCAGAAUCCAAUAAAUUGGAAGCGAGAUGUGAAAUCAUAAGAGCUAUUAGAAAUGCUCAACAACCAUCAUUUCAUUAUAGUACGCAAUUUGUUCGAGGGUAUCGAAACCAUAUGUAUGAAAGUGAAUAUGCUGGAAGAGGAUAUCAAACACUUGAUAGUGACUACACUGGCCGAGGGUAUGAGAGUAGACUCAAUAAUAGAGAACCCACAACUACAGGUUACCAACACCGUCAAAAUCUACCAGGUACAUCCACGCACUCAAUGGAUACAACUGAAGAGGCAACUCAGGAAUCUGCUAGCCAAGACGACGCUUCGUUGAUGUCUGAAUUGUUUAAUUCACCGUAG